GUUUCCUGAGGGCAAUCAGCUCGCCGUCUGCAAUCCAUCUCUCUCGCCCAUCUGUCCACCGAACGUCUACUCUUUCCCUCUCCACAACUCCAAGCAGUAGCCACCCCUGCUCUACGUCCACCACAUAAUCACACUUCACCGCCACCUCUCGCUCUUCCCCACCAACUCCCGCAACCAUGUUCAUUGCGCGCUCCGAAUAUGAUCGCGGUAUCAACACCUUCUCGCCCGAAGGCCGUCUCUUCCAAGUAGAGUACUCGCUCGAAGCCAUCAAGCUCGGUUCCACCGCUAUCGGUGUCGCAACCUCCGAGGGUGUCAUCCUUGGUGUCGAGAAGCGCGUCACUUCAACACUGCUCGAAACCAGCUCCGUCGAGAAGAUCGUCGAGAUCGACAGACACAUUGGUGCCGCCAUGUCCGGUCUGCAGGCCGACGCCCGUAGCAUGAUCGAGCAUGCCAGAAUUACUUCGCAAAGUCACGCCUUCAACUACGCCGAACCUCUGUCCGUCGAGAGCUGUACCCAGGCCAUCUGCGAUUUGGCCCUGAGAUUCGGUGAGGGUGCCGAGGGAGAGGAGAGCAUCAUGAGCAGACCCUUCGGUGUCGCCUUGCUCAUUGCUGGCUUUGACGAGAACGGCCCAUCACUGUACCACGCCGAACCUUCAGGCACAUUCUACCGCUACGACGCAAAGGCCAUCGGCUCGGGAUCAGAGGGUGCACAGGCCGAGUUGCAGAAUGAGUUCCACAAGUCAUUGACGCUGGCAGAGGCCGAGGUCUUGGUGCUCAAGACAUUGAAGCAGGUCAUGGAGGAGAAGCUGGACUCGAAGAACGUGCAGUUGGCCAGCGUCACCAAGGACAAGGGCUUCAGGAUAUACGGCGACGAAGAGAUGGCAUCGGUUGUGUCCAGACUCGAGGCCAACUAGAGGCUACGUCAUGUCAAGCCAUUCUAUGUAUUCUAGGCGCAUCGCAUAGGCGCAAAGGAAUUAAUGAUAAAUGCAUCCAAAGGAAGGGUUGUUUUGUUUUCAAUCGUAGCUUUUC